AUGAAUAAUUUAUUAAUAUCUCGUGUUUUAUCAACAAUUCAAUAUGAUCAAUUUCUUGCUGGUCUUAGUGGUGGUGUUGUUUCAUCAUUAAUACUUCAUCCGUUUGAUUUAGUUAAAAUACGUUUUCAAGUUACUGAAACUAAAUCUAUUGUAUCAAAUUCUUCCUUACCUUAUCGUCCUCAUUAUACUAGUCUAUUUGAUGCAUUUCGUUCAAUUUAUCGUGAAAAAGGAUUUUUUCGUGGUUUAUAUCAAGGUGUAGCACCCAAUGUAUUAGGUAAUGGUGUAUCUUGGGGUCUUUAUUUAUUUCUAUAUAAUACAAUUGGUAUUGUACAUAAUAAAGAUUAUCAAAGAACGAAUUUAAGAUUUCAAGAUCGUUUUAUGUAUUCUACUAUAGCUGGUAUAGCAACAAUAUCUCUAGUAAAUCCAGUAUGGGUUCUUAAAACACGAAUGUGUUUACAAUAUUCAAAUACGAAAACAAAUAUUCAUUAUAAAAAUAUGUUUGAUUGUAUGCAAAAAAUAUAUAAAUUUGAAGGAAUGAAAGCAUUUUAUAAAGGUCUUGUACCUGGUAUAUUUGGUACUGUUCAUGGUACAGUUCAAUUUGUAUCAUAUGAACAUAUGAAAGAUUUUUAUAUUAAAAAAUUUCAUACAACAGAUUUUUCAACUCCAAUUAUAUUAACAUUUUCAGCAUUAUCAAAAUUAAUUGCUGUUAGUACAACAUAUCCAUAUCAAGUUGUAAGAACACGUUUACAAGAUCAACAUCAACAAUAUAAUGGUGUAAUUGAUGUUAUUAAAAAAACAUAUAAAAGAGAAAGUAUUGGUGGAUUUUAUAAGGGUAUUGUGCCAACACUCUACCGAGUUAUACCAGCUUGUUGUAUAACAUUUGUUGUUUAUGAAUUUGUUUUGAUAGAAUUUAAACGUUAA